AUGUCCGAACCCCCAACAAAUGAUGACAAUGAGCGUUUCCAAAAGGCCAUGGAAUGGAUUUCCCGUUUACGAAAGGAACCGUUCAAUUUGGAGACGGAAGAAAAAUUGGCAAAGCACCCCUUUUUAAAGGCCGCCGAGGCGGAUACUCUGACCCCAGAAACGCGCUUUUCUGUCAAGAAAAUCCCAACGACGCCAGAUGUACCUCUACCACCCAAGUACAAAAGCUAUGAUGAUUUGUUUCAGUUCCUUUUGGGAGGAGAAAUCUACGCAGCCAACCUUUUGUUGGAUCAUGCCAAUUACCUUGGAUUGGAGGGAGGUGAAGAGGCUAUCCGCAAGGGAAAAUCGCUCUCACCCUUGGCUCAAGGUUACCCAUCCUAUUGGGCUCGAUUGGCUCUGAAUAAUCAAAGAGCCGCUGGUGCUGCUGCAUGCGCGGUCAAUUUCCCAGCCUGGGGACGAAUGUGUCAGGGUUUACUAGCAGCUUUUCAAAAGCAUAAUGCCGACAAAUGCACAAAGGAAGACCUGGACAAAGGAUUGGCGUUUAUCCAGUUCUUUGCCACACCAAUCGAAAAUUUGGACGAAAUGGCAGCUGCUGUCAUCAUGCAUAGCAUGGGACCUUCCGAUGUUUGCUCGUAUGAAGACGUGGCAACUCACGUUCGAUUGUUGCAAGAGUACGAGGUGCUUUUCUGGGAUGCAUGUUAUUCAGAAAGUGAUCUAUAG